AUGUAGAUUGUCAAUUUGAUGGGCUACCACAUGGAUUGUGGAUGGCCAGAGCUCAGAAAGCAAGUUGAUUGCCUGUCAUGGUCAUCCUUUUAGUGGCCUGAAAAAUGAGAGCACUUGUGUAUGGCAACCGAGACUAUCAGCUUGGUGGCUACCACAUGGAUCAUGGAUGGCCGGACCUCAGAAUGUAGCUCGAUCAGACUCAUAGUCAUCUGAUUAGUUGCCUAAAAGGGAGAUGGUUAGCUCAAAUAAUGAGCAGCAGUCUCCAUUCAGCUGCAAAACUCGUGCAAUCGGAUGGUCAGAGAUGUUCAGUCGCUGUAAAAAUUCAGACGGAGAGUAUGUCGAGUUUUCUCAGCCAUCGCUUUCGUCGAUCCUAGGAGAGUCGUCGGUUGAUUCAGAAACAUCCGGCCGUAAUUCCACUCUGUCGGUCUGUUUUUUCGCUCUUUUACAAUACACGAAGUGGUUGUCGAGGUCGAGCUCGCGUCUGGAAUUUGGAGCGUCUGAUAGAAUUGAAGAUGAAUACUCUGACGAAUUUAUGCUUUUGAGGUUCGAAAAUGAAGAGCAUGAAGAGAGCUACAAAAAGCUCAGGAACAGGGAGAGGAGACACGAGUAUCGGCACGACUAUGCCGAGGAAUACGGCCCGACAACAAAGUACGGAGAUGUUGUGCUCCAGCAGCGGCUGCUGAUGAUGAACUGCAUAAUCGAGGUGAGAGACUCUCGAAUCACGUUUUCUUAA